GCAAUAAAAGUCUUCGGAGGAAAUGUAUUAUAUAAAUAAAUUCAGCCGGCUACACCAGUUUCACUACUUAUCACCAACUCUCUCUUUGUUUUGCCAAUACCCCUUGACUUGAGAAUCGCGUAACACAAACACUUUACCAUGUCUGACAAGCGCACCAUCUUGAUAACAGGCUGCUCGGACGGCAGUCUUGGUUCUGCCCUGGCACUGGCAAUGAAAGAUCGUGGAUGGCGUGUCUUCCCCUCCGGGCGUAACCUAGCGAAGUUGAGUAAGGUCAAGGAAGCCGGCCUCGAAUGCAUCGAAAUGGAUGUUGGCUCGGAUGAAUCCGUCUCAGCAGCCGUUGAGAGAGUCAAGCAAAUUACUGGCGGCUCACUGGACGCGUUACUCAACAAUGCUGGCACCGGCUACAGCAUGCCUAUUAUCCAUGUAGACAUCGCCAAGAGUCACGGACUCUUCGAACUCAACGUCUUCUCUAUCAUCAGAGUCACCCAAGCCUUUUUUCCUCUCCUUCUCAAGUCUACCCACGGCGCUUUACUUAUCAACAACACCUCCGCAUCUGGCCUUCUCGGAGCUGGUAUCCCAUUCCAAGGAACUUAUGCAGCAUCCAAAGCUGCUGCAGCCAGUGUGACUGAGAGUUUGAGAGUCGAACUCGCGCCCUUUGGCAUACGGGCGAUCAACCUGUUCACAGGUGGUGUCAAGUCUACUUUCCACAACAAUUCACCUGAUGCUGAGCUUCCCAAGGACUCGAUAUACAACAUCGCCAAGGAGGCUAUCGAAUCUACCAUGAAUGGCAAUGAAGCAGGGAUGAACAAACCUGAUGCGACGACCUGGGCGAAACAGGUCGCUGAAGAUUUGAGUCAACGUAAACCACCUUAUCUGAUCUUUCGAGGCGGUAGUGCUGGUUUGGCUCGCCUAGGCACUCUAUUUCCGACGGGUACCUUCGACUCGACUGUCAAACAGCUUGGUGGCAUAGACGUGUUGGAGAGAAAGCUGAAAGAGGCAAAGUCGACCCCUAAGCCUCAGUGAUCGGAUGAAAUGGGAGGAGGAUGGUGGAAUUAAUAGUGCUUUUCUUAAUUUAUAUGUUCGGACCAUGUGUCAUCUAAUGUCGUGCCAGACGUCGCAUUGUGAGCGGUGAUUCACGUGAUGUGCGAUGGUGACAUAGAUGUUGUACAUGACGAAUAUGAUGAAUGAUCUCGGCAUAUGGCGUG